AUGCGCGGAUUUCCUACCCAAGUUGCGGAGCUCAAUUCUACUCCGACUUCUGAUCAUGGUCCCAUGGACUAUGAAUCCAUUUACAAAUUCCAGCAGAAAGAGCACAGGAAAACUACUACCGGUAUGUUGAAUCAGCAAAGAGGCUGCAAUGGCAAUGGCGAUCGCUGGGAAAGGAAGAUUCCUCUCCACAUUGGAGACGAGCAUAGUACCAGGCAAUGGCCUGGCCAAAGUCACUUUGUAGCCGAUGGUGAUUCCUGGAUGGAUAGUCUGUUUCUCUUGGAAGGCAACAUUUUCGAGAGGCCGAAUGAUCUGGCCACCGAGUUCGGCGGCAAAUGGAAUCGUACGACUGAACAAGCUUCAGAUGAGGAGCCGAAGAGUAAAAGGCAAUCGUUAGACUUGACCGAUGUUGGGAGACGUCAUCAAAGCGGAGAAACAAGAAAUGUUUUGAGAGACGAUCACAGCGACAACCACGUUUUUUUUCGAAAGCAAUAUGUCGAUCUCAUGUUCUCUUCCCUUUCAAUCAAAGGAUGGGACCAUGAUGGAACCUCAUGUUUACCUUGCCACCAGAUCGAUCUCAUCAAAGAACCCACGUGCGUAUACAUUGCUUCAUGCAAACCGUCGUUUCGAUUCAAAUUGUGA